CCUAAACAAAUAAAUGGAAAAAUAAAUAACAAAUUAAAAUUUGAUUCUGGUCUUCAAAGCUCGUUGACCUGGUAAUUGUGAGCAAUGCUUUGACUCUGAAGAAUUCAAGCUUCUAAUUCGGAAUAAUAUCAUAUAUGUUCUUAAUGACAAAACUUAAUUGUCAGUGUAUAUCUCUUACCAUCUACUUCUUCUCGGCUAUUCAAGCAUCUUCAUAAUGACAACUAGAUAGUAGACCAAAUUUUAAAAUUCUACUUUACUAAUUAGUAUAUAAAUACAGUGCUUGACUGACUCGUACACAUAAAUAUAUAAUACCUUCUUUACCCACUAUAUAAAUCUACAAACCACCCCAUCUUAAACAAUAGAAAAAAAAAAUGAUGAAUCUUAUAGAGUUAAGUACCAAUAAAACAUGGAAACUAUACAUAAUUGGGAGCUUAUUUGGAGGUUUGUUUCUCCUCAUUUUCUUAAACCAAAACAACCAAGGUUUUAGCUUUUCCAUUGCUCGAAACACCGUGCAAUUUCCUUCACUUGAUGAAGCUAUUGCACCCAUGUCUUCCUUCAUUUCCGCGUCUCCGAAACAGUCUAUCUUUAUACCUUACACUCAACCACCUAUAGCUAGCUUCAUCGCCAAUUUUAGUUCAAUUCCACAAGAGGUACAAAUAAAGUCGUCAACUCAACUCAAUUAUGUCGAAAACUCGAAUUUCCUUGUAAACAUAACAAAAGACGUAACAAACAAGACUAAUAUUGGUACGAAAAGUUGCAAUAUGUUUGAAGGGCGUUGGGUGUACAAACCGGAUGAGAGUCCUAGUUAUGAUUCGAUUUCGUGUCCGUUUGUUGAAGAGAAAAUGAGUUGCCAAAAGAACGGGAGGCCGGAUUUUGAGUAUGAGAAGUGGAGAUGGGAAGCUAACGAUUGUGAUAUACCAUUAUUCAAUGGAAUAGAUAUGCUCGAAAGGCUUAGAAACAAGAGGGUGAUAAUUGUUGGUGAUUCGUUAAACAGAAAUAUGUGGGAGUCUCUUGCUUGCCUUAUAUAUUCAUCUGUUCCUAACUCCAGAGCUGAAGUUUAUAAUAAAAAUUCACAAUUUUAUUGGCUGAAAGCAAAGGAUUAUAAUACGAUAAUCGAGUUCCAUUGGAGUCCAUUCCUAAUCGAAUAUGAUGUAAACCAUAGAAGUGGGAAAAGAGUUCUUAUACUUGAUAAGCUUUCGCCCAAUUUCAAGCAAUGGCAAGGAGCCGAUGUUAUGGUAUUCAACUCUGGGCAUUGGUGGAAUCACAAAGGAAAAUUCCAAAAGUGGGAUCUAAUACAAUACAAAGGACAAUUAUACGACGCAAUGUCUGUAGAGCAAGCAUACGAAAGAGGGAUGAAAACAUGGGCAAAAUGGGUAAGGAAAUACGUAAACCCGAAGAAAACAACUGUGUUCUUUAGGAGCAUUUCAGCACAACACAAUGGAAGGAAAGGGUGCUAUAAUGCUACCCAACCUACCAUGGACGACUCCUUAAUAAACCAUUUUCCGAAAUCGUUGAUUGAUGUUAUUGAGAAGGUGAUCAAAGGGAUGACCAAAUCACAAGUAAAAUACUUAAACAUCACAAAACUUUCCGAGUAUAGGAUUGAUUCACAUCCUUCAGUGUAUAGAAGUAGUUGGAAAUGGAAGAUUUAUACAACAAAAUAUAAAAGUAUGAUUCCAUCUUUUGCGGAUUGUAGUCAUUGGUGCCUUCCUGGAUUACCCGAUACUUGGAAUCGUCUAUUGUAUGCUUCUCUUUUCUUUGAUACUUCAAGGAAUAUGUCAACUUUCUAACAUAAUUUACUUUUCAAGAUUUCAUUGGCAUUUUAAAGAUGUGUAAAUUUCCAAUGUUUAUUAGAAAUUCUUAAAAUUUGAGAAUUUAAUUUGUUACCUUAGUUUUGUAUUGAGAGAUUACAUUACUAAGAGUCUCUCUCUUCAUGUCUUUCUGGGUUUAAUAUUCUUGGCCAUUUAGGCUGGAAAUGGUGUAUGUAAUUUCCGCAUGUUUUUAUGUUUUUCUUUAAAAUAUUACAAUUA